CUGAGCCAAAAUAACUCCGCUCAGUAGCUGCGGAGCUAUGACUAAAUGUCUGGAGCAAUCGCCACAAGAGAGAAACACAGUGCGAACAACCCGACUUCAGAAUCAGGAAGACAAGGAACUUUGAACAGUGCUGUACUUUCCUCUCGACUUUGGGACAGAAAAUCAUCAAGGCUGUCAUUUUUGAGGAGCCGGACGCUGCUACCUCACAGCCAUGACUUCUCAGACGAGCUUUGGCAGCAGCAUGUUGUUCCAGACGAUAAAUGAUGACCUUAAUGCAUCGCUGGCUACAGCAGAUGAGUUAUCCAGAGAGUUCAACUCCCUGCUGAAGGAGGCCUCCUCCAACAAAAACACCACAGAGUCUGGCUCUGAGACCAGGUCCUCAAUCUACAGAGAGAAGCCUCAGUCCACCCUCCUGUCCAACACCUCCAUCACAAGGGAGUCAAGUAGCAGCAAUAAUGGCAGCAUCAGCUCUAAGCCAUUCUCCCCCAGUUCAACAACUUACCGCACUUUGGACUCUGUCCUCUCCAGCAAUAAAAACACACCAUCCUCCCCCUCUAUUUACACCACCAGCCCAUCCUCCCCCUCUGUUUACACCACCAGCCCACACUCAUCCCCCAAGAUCCAAAGGAACUCACGCUCUCCAGUUCCUCGAUCCGGAUCCGACAGCUACCCAUACAGCCAGCAGAGCCCCAGACAGUCACCUCACACUCCAAGGCGCAAUUCCCCCUCUCGUUACGACAGGAGCCCACGAGGCUCAAUCAGUUACAUGGAUAGAUGCCCUUCUCCAAGCCCUACAGCAGCUUCUUUUGACCAGCCACCUUGGUCUCCCCAGCUUCACUCCUCCUUCAACCUGCUGAGCCCUCAUGACAGCAACUCAAUGGGCCGUAGGUCGCCUCGUUCAGACAGAAGCCGCUCUCCUUUGUCUUUUGAUCAUCCCAUGUCCAACACGCUCCCUCGAAAUUUUGGUGGUUUCAAGCAACCUGACGAGGGGGUGCAGCGGCAGAAGAGCCCUGGCAAGUGGAAUGAGACAGAUCUAGACGUGUCCUACGAGAAGAAACCUCACCAUACCUAUGACAAGACAGAGUGGCUACGGCCGUCUGUGCCAAAUAGCAGCUGGAGAGAAUCCAACCUCGAUGGCCCUCCUCCAGCCCAGAGCCCCAAAAAGGAUCCUCGCUCUCAGCCACUCAAGUAUUCCCAUGGAUCUCUCCCUCGUAACACACGUAUAGCAGUACCUCCAGAUGUUUCAUCCCCAGUCCACUCCCCUUACCACCCUCAGCCCAUCAUCUCCCGUAUUUCCAUUCCCCCGAGUUCUCAGUCUCGUCAGCAAAAGCCCAUCCCUCUUUCUGUCAUCAUGCGUCUCCAAAAUCCCCACUGGGGAGCAAUGGCAACCCGCCAUCCCAGAGUCCUGGGAGGAGAAGCUGAUAUGGCACCUUACCCACCACCUGUACCCAUCCCAAGGGAAUUCUUCCAUCAACCUGUGCCCCUGCCUCUGCAACACCCACCUGAGCUGAGACAGCCAGCCAUAUACAGUGAUGCGCUGAACUCAGGGGAUAUAGAUGCAGAGUUAGAGCGGCUCGACUUUGUUCAUCACCUGCCUGUGAUUUCGGAGAAUCCCAGCAUGCCAGAGGACAGAAGGGAGGGUGCGCCCCCUGCUCCCCGGCCCCUCAGCCCCACCAGGCUACAGCCAGUGGUGGCUCCUGAGGCCCAGAGCCAGGAGAUUCCCAACCUGGAGGAGCUGCUCCGCAUCCGGGCAGAAAUCCCUCGAGCCCUGAAGAGACGAGGCUCGGUGGACCACUCACAGCCCAUGAAGAGGGCCUCCCACUACCAGCCCAACCAGUACAAAAAUCUCAUCGACAAGCUGUUUCGCAGGAAGGAACACCGCCACAGGGGGGAGCAUGGUAGCGAGACUAGCGGCUCCUCAGAAGAGGAGGACUUUGCUACACCUCCUGCCCGUCUACCUGAACCCUCGGUGCUUCCUGAUUUCAAAAACUACCAUUCCAUCCUACGGCAGUCCAAACGGGAACACAGAAGUUCUGGGAAGCGAGCUCGACUCAGCCCGCUCGUCCUGCUGUUGGAUGGAGCGUUGGUUGGAGAGCUGGAGACAGUGCAGAGGGCUGUGCAGGAGGUGCAAGACCCUAGCCAACCCAAUGAUGAAGGCAUCACUGCUCUCCACAAUGCCAUCUGUGGGGGACAUUACAAUGUGGUGGACUUUCUGGUUCGCAUUGGAGCCAAUGUCAGCGCACCUGACAGCCACGGCUGGACUCCGCUGCAUUGCUCAGCUUCUUGUAAUGACCGGCCUCUGUGUGAGUUUUUGGUGAGGAAUGGAGCUGCAGUCAUGGCCAUGACAGAGAGUGACGGUGCUAUCGCCUCCCAGAAGUGUGACCCCUACGCUGUUGGGUAUGAGGAGUGUGAGAGCUUCCUUAGGGGUGUGGAGGAGGCCAUGGGUGUGGAGAACAGCGGGGUGUUGUAUGCACUGUGGAGCUACCCGGCCCAGUCGGCUGAUGAGCUGAGCUUUAAAGACGGAGACAUGGUCACCAUCCUGCGGAAACCUGAAGGGUCAGAUUGGUGGUGGGCCUCACUCUGUGGCAGGGAGGGCUUUGUUCCAAACAACUAUUUUGGGCUUUUCCCAAAGGUUCGACCAAAAUCUCUCUGCUAAGUGGUCUCUUGAUGAUGGUCAAACUGGUGCAGAGGACCGUCUGAAAAAAACUGAGCUUCACUGCUUCACACUUGUUGUUUGACAGGAAUGUGUCUGUGUGAUUAUGAAAAGGCUGUAUUGCUGCAGGGCUUGAGAAAUGGUUUUGAUCUGUCAGUCAAGGAGAGUUGAAGGAGAAGUCUCAGUAUUCAUUUUGGCCUCGCUGACAGGGAUAAAUCUUUCUAGAAGACAUCAUUUGUACUGGCUCUGAUGCAGGAUAUUUUUUCUAGUAAAGCUACAACUCUGUGCUAUGCUAAACCUCUUCUGUCAAGCUCUGCCUGUCUAUCCAAAGGUUACAAAACGGCGAUAUUCACUGCUGUUUUUGCUCAGCUGUGUUCCAGUCAGACAUUGACUUUUCUGACUCAUUGGCUGGUUACUAAUCAGAAUGCAAACAGUGACUGUUCAGUCCAUUCAUCAGCGAGGUCAGUGUAGCUGUAUGCUGUCAGCAAACCCAUGAUUGCUCAAUUUAGAAAAGGGCUGCUUCAAUCAGAGCAAAAUCAACUUCUCAUUACUGGAGCAGAGUUGUCUGCGGCUACAUCAAAGAAGCACCGAAAACUGUUAAAGAGUUGUCAGGAGUUGACAUGGAGCUGUUAUUCUUUUAUGAUAUUGCUAAAGUGUUCUCAGUGUACAUAUCAUUGUUUUUGCAUAUUAUUAUCCAGUGGAUUCUAAUAGAAAGUACAUUCAUGAUUUUACAGGCCAAAUAUUAUUUUUGAAGAGAUGUUUAAUGUGGCUGCAGACUUUCCAUAUUUUCAAAUGAGCCUCACCAAAAAUGUAACGGGUCUGGCUGGUUUAGGUUGAGGCCCUUCUUGCUGCCUGAAUAAGUCAAUUUCUAUGGAAACGUUUUUUUUAUGACAAUGAAAGUGGUCUUUUGUAGAUAUGUGUAUUUUCACAGAGGUAGAAUGGAUGUUUGGUGAUGUAUUGGUUUUGUGGGUUGCUGUGUUUUUUUUAAUCAGUUUUCAGUGUAACACUAACUGCUGUGCACUUAACCAUUACCCUCUCAAGCAUGGGCGGAUUAUGAGACAAUGGGCCUCUGGGCACAGUUGUGCAAAAGGCACCCCAGGAGCAAGACACACAGAUUUUAUAGUUGUUUAUCCUCUUUUUGAUGUUUUGCAUCUCUUUGUAGUCAUUAUGCAUCUCUGCUUAGUCCCUCUGCAUAAAGUUAUCUUGCCUUUAAGCGGGCAGUGAAGCUAAUAACAGUGCAGAAGUGACGUCUGUGUUAAAAGGAACAGCAGGUGGGAUGGGACCACAGACAGGACAGGUGUGACAUUUUGACGUUGUGUUAUGUUUGUGACCCACCAUUGGAAGAUUUAAAAAGCGGGUAGCAGCAGUUAGCAGCUAAUUAAAAAAGACAAUGAGGUCCAGGACCGCCUUACCCUCCAAGCAGAGGGACGGUAAAUGAUUGUUAUUGCUGUGUUCUGCCAUUGUUAUUGAAACCCCUGGCGACUUAUAUGUUAUAUGUCCCACUGGAGGCUGUUGUGUUACAUGUCACUCCCAUCAUGCCUCUUUUGCUUCCAGGAUACCGGCAUGCUAUCUAAAAACACACUCGUGGGUGGCAUGAUGCUGCUGGAGUUUGGUUCUAUUUAAAAAUGCAAAGGCGGCCUAAUUAAAGGGACUUCAUAGCCUUAUAGCAUGAACUCUGUGUAAAAAGGGCUACUGUGUCUCUUUACAGCCCUUUUGUAUCUCUUUGUAGUCAUUGUGUGUCUCUUUGUUGUGUUUUCGUGUUUCUUUGUAGCCAUUAAAGUCUGAUAGUAAGUGACAUUUUGCAGAUGAAGGCCAGAGGGGGCCCUGAAACUUUGGGCCCCUGGGCCAGUGCCUGAUAGGCCCAUUCAUGCUCUUAAGAGGCGCACAGUAACCAAAUGUUUGAAUACUGAAUAAAUACUGAAUAAAUACAUGAGUCACGUGUUUUUGGCUUCCGUUGGAAUUGUUUGUCAAAGCCGUGUUAUUAAAAUAAAAUAUAUGAAAUGUCCCUUACUGACCAGCAGGUGGCACUGUAUAUUCAAGUAUGAAUUCAGCACCAACUUCAUGUUUUUGUUUGUCAACACCACCUGCACAUAUGACUAAUGUAUGUUGUAAAACAUCAUUUAUUCAGGCUGUUUUGUGAAGCAUCAGGCCUGUAUGUUGUGUGUUAUAUUAAACCCUGUUAGUAUUUUA